CGUGUGUUGUCAUCAUUUUGGACUGAUAUAACGUAGUAAAGUGUCUAUAGAGCUUACUAUGGAUAGAAUAAUUAAAGGAAUAAUGAAAUAUAGAAAUUGCCAUAGGGAAGGAAUGGUGAAACAGUUUCAAAAAGUUCGAGAUCAUCCUGAACCAAAGGCAGUAUUCUUUACCUGCAUGGACUCACGGAUGAUCCCAACUAGAUUUACGGAAACAAACGUUGGGGACAUGUUUGUCGUAAGAAAUGCUGGUAACCUUAUUCCCCAUUCUCAGCAUUUUGUGGACGAAUUAACAAUGUGCGAACCAGCGGCCUUAGAACUUGGUUGUGUAAUAAAUGACAUAAGACACAUAAUAGUUUGUGGCCAUAGUGACUGUAAAGCUAUGAAUUUGUUAUACGCUUUGCGAGACGAAGAAUUCGCAUCAAAAGCGAAUAGAAGGAUAUCACCAUUAAGAGCAUGGUUGUGUGCACAUGCUAGUAGCAGUUUAGCAAAGUUUCAACAGCUUGAAAUCACUGGCUUCCGUGAACCGAUACUUUUUCAAGCUGAAACGCCAUUACGAAAGUUCGUGGCUUAUAUAGACCCUGAAAAUAAAUUUGCCAUAGAGGACAAAUUAUCUCAAAUAAAUACCCUACAACAACUACAAAACAUAGCUUCCUACGGAUUUUUAAAAAAACGACUUGAAAGGCACGAUUUGCACAUUCAUGCGCUAUGGUUCGAUAUAUAUACUGGUGAUAUUUAUUAUUUUAGCAGGGCAAAUAAAAGGUUCAUGGAAAUAAACGAAGUGACUGAAACACUUUUACUUGCGGAAGUUACAAAAUAUUAUUCUUAAGUUGCUUGAUGGUAAAAGAGUAUCGUUUAUAUAGGUAGGAUAUUUUUUACGGUUGAGACUGAAUAACUUCAAUUUGUUGAAUCUUUUAAGAACGUUCAAAUGUGGAGUGGCUGCGACUUAGAUACUCGUUCAAUUGAAGACCAUGUAAUGUACCUGGAUGUGAAAGUAGUGAAUUCUCUUCCCUCUUUUUUAUUAAGAUUCAUAUUACAAACUUGUUUGCACAAAAUAGACCGUUG